AACAGUGCGGAACAAAUGACAUUUCAACUGGAUAAAAGCGUAUGCAAUGCAAUGGGCUUUACAUUUGAGAGGAUUUUCUUUUGGCCUCACAAAAUGCAUCCCAAUCCUUCGAAAAACAUCUCUUUGUUAAUUUUGAUACAUUUAGUAAUCUUAUUAAUCCAUGGUCCAUCGUCUUCGUUCGCUGACAAUUACGCCGACUGCGGCAAACCCUUCAACUGUGGAAGUAAUAUCCAGAAUAUAAGCUAUCCAUUUUGGGGCUCCGAUCGGCCAGAACAGUGUGGCCACCCAAAGUUCGAAUUAAGCUGCGUCGACGGAGUCACAGAGAUCUCAAUAAAUACCGAAGCUUAUCGAGUGCUUGAAAUGAAUCAGGAUACGCGUACUCUUUUGGCUGUUAGAGCGGAUUACUUUGGAGAUGUUUGUAAAACAGAGCUCCGUAACGCCACCUUAUUAGAUACCACCGUGUUUAAUUACACCGCAGAUACUCAACCAUUGACUCUUUUCUAUACAUGUGAUUCCCCAAAUGGUACCAGUAUACUACCCCAUUUCAAUUGCAGCGAGUCCGGAGGAUCAAAUACAGUUAAUUUCUACUCUGUCGAAAACCUCAGCGGGACACCGGGCAACAUCCCUAGCGAACUUGGAAGGUGCGAGGGAAGUGUGGUACUCAAUGUUUCCCAAACACAAGCCACCACUUUACGAAACCUUGCGACUGCGUCGAAUGAGACUCUCAUAAAAGCGGUGGUGGAUGCUGGGUUUAGUUUGGUAUGGAAUGCCAACGAUUCUUUGUGCGAUGGCUGUGUAAGCAAUGGUAGCCGCUGUGGCUACAACCGGGGCUCUGAAGAAUUCGUCUGCUAUCAAAAUCAAAACAGUACAGGUACAUAUGCCUGCAAUUUUUGAUUUUUUGAUUUUUAU